AUGGCUGUAAAAGGCGUCUUUUCAUACUGGUGGUUUCCAGUACUCUCAGGCCUAGUCUGGUGUGGGAUGCUUCUGGGCCUCCUACUAGAAUGGCAAAUUAAUCAACAUGGUCGUCGCUAUCCUACGCAGUCUCUCCACUCCGACGUCGCGUACAUUUCAAACGUCGGCGCUGACCGUCUGUGGCCGCUCUUCAUCACUGGAUGCGUCCUCACUUCCAUUUUCCUCGACGCCGCUUUUCUUUCCGAGCGAUGGCUGCGACACAGGGGUCGUCUUGCGCCCAACACGACGCUUAUGGAGAAGAUCCUUACCUGGCUCUCGAUCGUUUUUGCUGCAGUCGGUACUGUCGGGCUCAUCUGCUUGGCCAUCUUCCGCACUGGCAGAUACACUAGGCUGCACCAUACCUUUUUGGCUCUCUUUAUUGGAGGUUACCUGAUCUCUGCUGUCUUUAUCUGCUGGGAGUAUCAGCGUCUCGGAAUUAACUACCGGGAGCAUCGCGUUCUUCGCAUCUCUUUCUGGGUGAAGCUCACCUUCAUCUUGGUCGAAGUCGCCCUUAUUAUCGCUUUUGGUGUUACUAGCCGCAUCAAGCAGCGAAAUGCCGCCGCCAUCCUUGAAUGGGUCAUUUCAUUCAUCUUCACCUUCUACGCUAUCUCCUUUGUUAUCGACCUGUACCCUGCUAUCCGUACCAAGCCCAACCACGCCAGGCACCCGAAGUACGUGCCUUCUGCCGCAGUCGAUUCCAGCAACCCAAGCUACGAAGGAUCGCGCAGCAACGUUAACGACGGGCGGGACGUCGAGAUGGCCCAGAAUGCUCCUCCUCCCAGAGACUUCUAA